UUUGGGCGGAGUGAGUCAGAAGCGCGCUUUUCGAGUCCGUGAAGCCACCGCGAGGAGUCGAGGAAGCGAGUAAGCGGCGGACAGCUCCCGGGGGAUAAUUUGAGCCUCAGGCGUUUGUGACUGUGUAUCAUUGUGACUAUACUGUUUAGAUAAAAAUGUCUGGUAAAGCACGUGCUUCUAGGGAAAGAUCUCAACAGGUGAGAAGUUUUAAACAAAGAGCCAAUAAGGAAGCGGAUUUGCCUGAGAAUGAGGUUGGAGACACAGCAAAAAGAAACAGAAGUCAUGCAAGACGUCUGUCCUCUAAAGGACAAGCAAAGUGUGUUCAUCUAAAGCGGGUAAAAAUACCAUUCAACAAGAUAACAAACUGGCAACCUCUUCCAAAGAAUACUGAAAAGUAUUUGCAAAGUAUGAUGGAAUCAGUAAUUCUUGGAAUUUUAUUCAACAUUAAAAGAAAAAGACAAGUUCAGUAUCAUCUCAACCAGUUGAAGAAAAGAUUACUACAACAAUGUGCAAGACUAAAAGUCCCUCCAAGAAAGCUGAACUGUUCAACAGAUGUGUCAAAUAUGCUGAAAAUGGAAAAGGCACGGGAAAGAGCGAAUGAAGAGAGCCUGGCUUCACUGCAGGAAGAAAUAGACAAAAUAGUAGAGACCACAGAGUCAAUGACUAAGAGUAUUCAAAGACUAAAGAACAAAAUUCAAAUUUUGACAAAUGAGGUAAAGGAAGAGGAACAGGACAUGAAGCAGGUAUUCCACAUCGAUAGCAAUAAAGUACUUGCUCUUCCAGAACUUUCUCAGAAAAGUCUUAAAGCACCCAUACUUCAAAAAGAAAUUUUGGCACUAAUUCCAAACCAGAAUGCUCUUCUGAAGGAUUUGGAUGUUCUUCAUGAUUCAGCCCCAGUGAAGAACGUGUCAGCAUUCAUUGAAGAAGCCUAUAGGAAACUUGAUGGCUCCUAAAGAGUUGGAUUUUGUUUUGUUGUUUAAGCCAUGUUCCAUAUUAACUUAUUGUUGACGAAUUGUAAAACUUUUUCUCCUUUUAAUAAGUCUCUCACCCUGUUUGUAGCCUAGGCUGGCUCAGCACUUAUUCUGUUUCCGAUUUGGCCUUGAACUUACAGCAGUCCUGCCUCAGCAUCCUGAGUGCUGGGAUUACAGGGGUGAGCUUCAUAUCUGGCCCAAAAGUGUGCAAUUUAACUGUAGAUCUUUCUUCAAAACAUUAACCUUUGUUAUCUACCGUAACACUAGCCUUUGUGGGCUUAUCAUUAGUAUCUGAUAUCCUAAAAACAUUGCAUAUAUGUGUGUGUGUGUGUGUGUGUGUGUGUGUG